AUGGCGGAUCCCGAGCACGGCACUAGGCUGAUGGACUUCAUGCAGGCCUGGGACCUCCUCGCGUCCCGCCUCGCGCCGGGUUCGGGCCCAGCAGCAGCACCGGACCUCCUCCUUUCCGCGCUGAAGCUCCUCCUGGCCUGCUACCCGGGCGCCGCGCCGUUCCUUCCGGCGAACGUGGCCGCGGACGUCCCGCGGCCGCCGCACACGCCCGCGCAGCUCGCGCCCCCGGCCGUCGCGAGCGCCCUCGAGCUGAGCGUGGCUCUCGCGGACCUCGCGUCGUUCGGCAUGGGGACGGACUCGGAGACCGUGGCCGCGGGGCUGGUCCUCGAGGCCGUGAGCAACGGCGACAUCUCGCUGGAGAGCGUGGAGCGCGAGCUGGGCCCGAUUGUCGGCAGCAUCGUCCACGACGCCCUCGUCGUGCGGCGAGCGCCGCAGCGGGUGGACCUCUACGACGAUGACGCGUCGGCGGCGAUCCGCGAGCUCUGCCUGAGCUUCUACGACACGCGCGCCACCGUCGUCGAGCUCGUCUCGCGGCUGUGCAGGCUCUCCCGGCUCAGCGCUCUCGCUACGCCAGAGAGCGCGGCGCGCUUGCAGGUCGACGCGCUGGAGGCCAUGCAGAUCUACGCGCCGAUGGGGUACGCCCUCGGGCUCCCGAAGCUCUCCUCGCGGCUCGAGGACAUCGCGUUCCAGAUCGUGUUUCCGUCGGCGUUCGAGGAAACAACGUCGUGGUUGCGUUCGGACCGCAUCGCACGCGAGGACGCCCUGGAGCGCGCGCGACGGGAGCUCCAGAAGGCGCUGAACCGCAACCCGCUCGUCAAGCAGCUCGCAGCGAAGUGCGAGAUCACGGCCCGCUCGAAGAGCCUCGUGUCGGUCAUGCGCAAGGUCCUGUCGGUUGGAGACAUGUCGCGCGGCGGCAAGGACAUGCGCGACGUCCAUGACCUCCUGGGCAUGCGCGUCGUGGUCACGCCGCUGCCGAACCUCGACGAACGCGAAGCCGAUGAGAUGGCCAUCCAGGCGUGCUACGCCGUGCGCGACGUCGCCGCGGGCCUCUGGCCGAUCGUCACGGGCCGCGACAAGGACUACAUCGCCUGUCCAAAGCCCAAUGGGUAUCGGUCGCUGCACAUGACCUCGCGCGUGCCAGCGGGCCGCACGCUCGACAUUGAGUCGCUCAGCGCGGGCGCCGACGCGCAGCCGGACCGCGACGACGACCGCGUCAACGUGGAGGUCCAGAUCCGCACUGCAGCGAUGCACGCUGCGGCUGAGUCAGGUUCCGCGUCGCACGGGCGGUACAAAGGCGGCCUGGCGCCCGGGCUCGCGCUCGCGGCGAAGACCGCGGCGCUGCCGCCCCCGGACAGCGACGGCGGAGACGAGCUGCUACCGCGGCCCCUGGACUCGACGCACGAAGUCUUCCGACUCAUGGAUCGAGACGGGGACGGCCGCGUGACGCGCGAGGAGCUGCUGGAGCUCGCGCGGGAGCUCGGGUCGCCCGCGGGCGCGGCUGCGGCGGUCGAGGGCCUGAUGGCGGUGGCCGAUCUCGACGGGAGCGGCGAUCUCACGGUUGACGAGCUGCAGGCGCUGAAGCGGCGGGGAGGGGCGGACCUGCGGCCGAGUGGCAGCGCGGCGCGGCGCGGGCGGCCGGCUGCGGCGGUGAGCGGCGGGUUCGGGGCGGUUGGGACGGUGGCGCGGCCGCGGGCGGCGUCGGUGGGGGCGUGUCGGGCUAUGAGCGACGGCGCGGGGUGGGCGAUGGGCGGGCGGGGGCCGUCGGUGGACACGCUGGAGGUCGAGGAGGCCGUGCAGGACGCGGACAGCGAGGCCGCACGGCCGCACCGGCGCACGGUGGACGCGGACUCGGACGACGAGAGUGGGGGGAGUGCGGUGGAGUCAGGGGGGGCGUCGGUGCCGCGGCGUGCGGCGUCGGCAGGGAACGGCAACGGGAACGUGCGCUUCCCCGGCUGGUCGGACGCGGCGCCUGGUCUGCGGACGCGGCGCAGCGGCAGGCGCGUCGUGUGGCGGGAGGCGGCCGCAGACGACGGCGUGCUGUACGGCGCGCAGGGCGUCGCCGGGGAGGACGCGGCCGCGACGACGCGGUGCGAGCAGGAGCGCACGGUGCGCUCGCGGCCGCGCGCGAAGUCGGACGUCCGGGGCGCCGCGGCGCGCGCCGCCCGCAAUGGCACCGGGGGCGGCGCUGGGCGGCACAACUCUUCGGGCAACGCUGGGCGCCGGCGCAUCUACAGCAAGCCCGCGCGGUCACACGUCGUCCUCGUGCCCGUCACGGACCCCGCGCGGCGCCUCCUCGCGACCCCCGACGGCCGCGCGCGCCCGCACCUCCUGCUGCCCAACUCAGGGCCGAUGGUCGUCGGCGCGCUGCCGUCGUACGGCUGCGACGAGGUCGUCGACCACCCGCUCAUUUCCGGCAAGCACUGCCGCCUCGAGCUCGUCAAGCUCCCGGACGGCACCUUCCCGAUGAUCACCGACCUGCGCUCCACCAACGGCACCUUUUUGAACGGCGCGCCGCUGCAGCCGUUCGCGGACACGAAGCUGCGGUCCGGAGACACGCUCUGGCUCGCGGACCGCCGCCUCGCUUUCGUCGUGAAGUUCCAGCGCUGGCCCGAGGGGUCCAGCGGGCCCUCUGACGUCGCGCGCGCGAUGGCGGUGCUCGGGAUCCACCCCGCGCCGGCCGACGCCGCCGCCGCCUCGCCGCCGUUCCCCGCGCCGCCGUCCACGAUCCCCGUCGACAGCGAGCCGCGCGCCCCGUUCAGCGACGACGCGUUCGCGGAGGAAGUGCGCGCCCUUGUGCGCGACGGCCGGACGGACUCCGCACGCGGCGUCCUCACGCAGCGGCUCCUCGAGGCUCCCGGGGACUUCGCGUCCUGGGCGCAGCUCGCGAACAUCGCGCGCCGGAACCGCGAGCACGCGCUGGCACGCAAGCUGUACCGCGCCGCCGUCGAGGCGUUGGAUUUCGCGGUGUCGGCGCACCGCGUCGACGGCGCCGAGGCCGCGGCGGCGGGCAGCCGGCUCCUGCGCAGCUGGGCGAUGCACGAGGGGCGGCUGCGGCACGACACCUCGGCGCGGCGCCUGUUUCGGCUGUCGGUGAUGCGCGCGGAGCAGCACCCCGCCGGGGCGCGCGUCGGCGGCGCCGCGCACACGCUGCAGGCGUGGGCGCACCACGAGCUGCGCAUCGGGUGUCCCCGGCGCGCGCAGGAGCUCAUCGCGGAGGCGCUGGCGGUGGACGGCGAGUGCGCCGAGGUGCAUCAGCUGGCCGGCGUGAUGCACGCGCGCGAGGGCGACGUCGAGGAGGCGCGGCGGGCGUUCAAGCGGGCGCUGGAGUGCUCGCCGGGCAUGAAGGAGGCGCUGCACGCCUGGGCGCGCCUCGAGGCGACCUCCGGCGACCUCAACCUGGCGCGCAAGCACUUCGCGGCGGCGCUCGAGGCGGACCCGACGAACGUGAAGACGCUGCACGCGUGGGCGAUGGCGGAGGCGAAGGCCGGGCGCGCGGAGCAGGCGCGCGGGCUGUUCCGCCGCGCGCACGCGGUGCAGCCGGACAACGUGCGCGUGCUGCAGGCGUGGGGCGUGCUCGAGGCGCGCGACGGCGACCUGGCGCGCGCGCGCUCGCUCUUCCAGGACGCGCUGACGGCGUCGCCGGGCAACGUCGUCGUCCUGUCGGCGCUCGCCAACGCGGAGCGGGCUGCGGGCAACCUCAGCGUGGCGCGCGAGGCGGCGGAGCGGGCGCUGGAGAUCCAGCCGGACCACGCGCCGUCGCUGCAGGAGCUCGCGAUGGUCGAGCGGGCGUCCGGGCGCGCGCAGGAGGCCGACGCGCUGUCGCAGGCGGCCGCACGCAUCAACGCUGGCGGCGGCGAACCGAAGCCGUACAACGUCGCGGUGAACCCGCAGCCGGGACGCAGCCCCGAGAAGCGGCGCGCGCAGUGA